AAGUCGUAGCCUCAUUAGGAAUCUCAAUGAAACUCAUUUCCCAAUGAUAGUUGAAGCUGGAACCGUGAAUGUACCCAAAAUCACCGAAACAGCCCACUCCCUUUCUGCUUCUGGGCGGCAGGGGUGCGGAAUUGCUGAUUUUAACACCUAGAGGCCAAGAAGAGAGAGAGAGAGAGAGAGAGAGGUGGAAAUUUCUCUUUCAGACUUUAAUAUAUAGUUUCAGUUACAGUUUCAGUUUCAGGCUUUCCGCUUCCGCUUUCGCUUUCCAGAGCCUCCUUCUCUUGGUUCUCCAUCGACGACAGGGGGAGAAGAGAAUUCAAGAAACCUGUGAAAUGUCCCCUGAUUCGCUUUCUAGUUAGCUGUCUUCAUUGUCUUCUGCUUGUGUCGGUCGGUGCUGUGGUCGAUGCAUUCGUCAUCUCUGCGCGCUGGGCAAUUAUUUUCUCUGAAUUUGCCUUUCUUAGAGCUCUCUCAGUUGUAUUUAAACAAGAAUACAAGAAAGAGGAGAUAUUUGGUGUUUAGCAUCUCUGCAUGUAUGGUUAGAAGAAGUGAAAAAUAACAAGAGGUUUUGAAAACACACAAGAUUUUGAAUUCUGGGUAUUAAAUUCUGAAGCCCGAAAAUUUAGGAGGGGGAGUAACGAGUAGCGAGUGGCAGUGAUUUGUGAUUAGUUGAAGGGGGAACUGAUGAGAAGAUGAAGAAGACGCGUUGUCAUUUACCAAAAACAGAAACAAAGCAUUCAGGAUAAGAUUAUACGGGUCAUAAAUUCACUGAGCGUGUUUUUGUUGUGCUGGAGAUUAUAUAUAUAUAUAUAUAUAUAUAUAUAUUAUACCCUAUAAAUAAAAUUGAUCUCCCAACCCUAAACGACAUUGUAUUUGUGGCGACACCACUCUCCGUUCCGCUUUAAACUUCACACUUCUUCUCGUUACCCACGGAAAGAAGUGAGUUGUUUUCUCAACUGGUUGCAGAGGAACCAACAAUGGCGUCUUCUUGCUGGAGAUCGCAGCAUGUAUCUUCUCCUGCUAAGCAUUCGAACCUGGAAUGCUUCCUUGACUGCAUAACCCCCACUGUGCCUAUCCAAUUCCUUCCCAAGCAGACCUGCAUUUGAGAUCUAAACAGUCUGUGGCAGCAUACAAUCAAAUACUUCAACUUGGGAGAUCUUUGGGACCAGUAUGUUGAAUGGAGUGCAUACGGAGCUGGUGCCCCAGUCCUGCUGAACAGCAGAGAGACCGUUGUGCAGUACUAUGUUCCAUACCUCUCUGCCAUACAAAUGUACACCAGCAAAUUGAACCCAAAAGAGGAUACUGAUGCAGCAAGGGAAUUUGAGAGUGAUUCUUGGAGUGAAGACAGUGAGAGCGAUAAGCUUUCAAGGACACUGAGCAACAACUCAAGCAAAGGUUGGUAUGCUGCAUCAGAAGAUACAAGCUUUGACCAGGAGGGUUCAUGGCAAGUGAAGGACCGGUUUGGCUACCUCUAUCUCCAGUACUUUGAGAGGUCUGCUCCAUAUGGGAGGGUUCCUCUUAAGGACAAGAUCACCGAAUUAGCUCGGGAAUUUCCGGGUUUGCUCUCGUUCAAGAAUGUGGAUCUCUCUCCUGCUAGUUGGAUGGCAGUUGCUUGGUACCCUAUUUACCAAAUUCCACCUAGGAGAAACGUGAGGGGACUGACAGCUUCUUUUCUGACUUAUCAUACUCUGUCAUCAUCUUGCCAAGAUGCUAUUUUGGAGGAUAACAAGGUGAAAGGAACCUGUUCUUCAGAAGAGGAAGAUGGAGAGAAAUCCAAAGGAGAUUACACCAGUAGAAUUCCACUGCCACCCUUUGGGUUGCCCACUUACAAGAUGCAUGGGGAUCUCUGGGUCAAUCCUGAAACGGCAGAUCAGGAAAGGUUCAUUUCUCUCCUGAGUGCUGCAAAUUCCUGGUUGAAGCAGCUCAGAACCCAACAUCAUGACUAUGAAUAUUUCAUAAGUCACUCUUUUGUAUAAAUGAGUUUCCUUCAUUUGCCCUAUGUUAGAUUUGAAUUAUUGCGGUCGCCACCAUUUAUCGUCCCCUGCUGUAGCUUGGAACAACACCAAAUCCUGUGACCUUAAUUUACUGUAUUGCUAAGUUGGUCUAAUGGCAGAUCAGUGAAGAAGAUGGAAAGGAAUGCAUGGAUUUAUAAAGCUUACAAGGGGAAUUUUUGUGGACUGAGUUGUUUUUCUUGAAGAAAAAUUCUCUAGAAAAGUAAACAAAUCUUGUUAUUAUGUUUUAUCUUCUUUUUUUUCUUCCUGUGUAGAUGAAACUAUCUUUUCAGAUUUUUGUUUAAAAUGUAUAUAUGAAUGAGUUAUGUUCUGUGAA